GUGUCAUAGUGUAACGGAGUGACGAGAUGUGGCCAGAAAUGUCGAAAUUGACGAAUAUUUACAAAACGUGACCAAGCGUGUCAUAGCGUAACUAGGCGUGACGUACAGUAAGGCCGUGGCUAAUUUUGGCCAUAAGUGUCAAAACGUCACAUAUUUUUUCAAAACGUUACCUUACCUAACAAAAUCCACUAAAUGAACUUACCCUAACCUAACUUUCUCUACCCCAACCGAAGCUAACCCGAAGAAAAUAACUCGUAGGUGAUGUUGACAGUUAAGCUGUGGCACCGAAAAUUUGCUUUUUACAAAAGAGUGAGGUUAAGAUGUACGGAGUAACAGGUAUUCUGAUAUUCAUGGUAUUUCUAAUUGGAUUGGGAGAAGGAUUGAAUAAAUAUUCAGCAGAAGCAAAUGUAAAGCCAGACAUUACAAAAGAACCUCCAUCCAAUUUUAGAAACUUGGAGAAACCAUUUCGAAUGUCGAAGUUAAACAUUCUGUGGUCGAAGGCACAACUGAGACUCACAGAACCAAAACUGAAAUCCUUGUUCAGUGAAUUAAAGAUUCAGGAUAAGGAAGAGGUGACAUGGAAAAGACUGAAGGCUGAGGGUUUGGACAAAGAAGGACUGAAAGAAGCAGAUAUUCGCAAGAAGUUAAGUGGAAUUAUGAACACGUAUGGACUCCUUGAACACUUUGAAGAUGUAAAUGAUGCAAAAAAGUACAAACAACAUAAGGAUUUUAAUGAUGCAUCUGAUGAACAUAUUAAUAAAAGUCUUUUCAAGGACAAGAAACUCAAUAAAUUGUGGGAUAAAGCAGAACGAUCUGGAUUCACAGCUGAAGAACUACUGGCACUGAAGGAAGAAUUCAUUCAUCAUCAAGAUAAGAUAGAUCAGUAUUAUUCUCUUCUGAAGGAUGUAGAGGAAGGGCCAAAAGACACACAUGAAAAUUCUCUGGAUAAUACAUUAGAUCAAUUCAAUGUACUUGAAGAACAAGAAAAAACUGAGCAGGAUUAUCAUCAUAAAGCAAACUUACUGAGAGACAAGCACCAAGAUAUUAGGGAUGGAUAUGAUCGCCUUCAUCGUCUGUCUGCCAAGGGUCCCAAGAGUAAGGAGUUCAUUGAACCUAAAGUUCAAGGACUUUGGAAAUUGGCAACAGAAUCAAAUUUCAGCCCCAGCGAGUUGGAAUCACUGAGGGUGGAGCUGAUGCACUAUGAAAACCGGUUGCUAAAAUUACGCCACCUGCAGGCAGAGGCAGCUUUGGGAUCUGAUAGACGUGUAAAUAAGGAGAAACUGGCAGGGGAGAAGAGUGAAGGAGUUCUGCUGAUGGAGGAAACCAUAAAAAAGCAGGCCAGAAAAGUUGAAAAGCUUCAUCUGAACCUUGAGACAAGAAUAAUGCAAAAGCACAUAGAACUGUGAAACAUAAAUUUGUUUAACUUUAGGAUUAAAGGCUUUAAUGCCAUUUUUCUGAUGAACUGUUCCACUAUAUUUUAUUUUAUAUAUUUUGUAUAUACUACCUGUCCAUUAUUUUGAAAGGCAGCUCAUUGCUCGAAUAACAUGCAUAGCAAUCUGAAUAAACUUGUCUAAUUACAAGAUACACUGCAUUCUGUAGUAUUUCUUUAUGGCUAACUUUUUUACUAUGCAGUUAUUGAUGUCAAUGUAUGUUACCAGGUUUUUCUUAGCAGAAAGGACAGUAUAUCAGAUUUUUUCAUUGGAUGAGGAAGUGUAAAUUGUCCAAGAUACAUGCUGUUCAUAUAAAGCUGCACUACACACUGACCAGUUUCACUGAGUUUUUUCUUCAUAAAGAGGUAGAAUUUAAGUUUUGUGAAGCACAGAUGAUUGAGGCUUCAGGUUGAUACUCUAUGUUUCAGUUUAAUUUGUUUCAUUUAUUUGACUUUCGGGAAGAUCAAUGUGGUCCCAAGAAAAAUGCAUUAUCAGAGGCACAAAAGAAAACCUUAUGAAUUCCUCCAGACAGAUGGGAAGAUCCUCUUUGUACAAAUCCUUUUCUGAUUAUCCUAAUAUCUGGUGGAGUAAAAAUUAUGAAGCUCUUCAUUGUGUGGUGUUCUACAAUCUCCUGUUCUUCAUCUCUUUAGUCCAUAUAUUCUCCUAAUGUGCCAUUUUCAAAUAUUCCGUUAUUCCAUUAACCCUUAUUGUAUGGGAGUAGCCAAUUUAAAACCCCACAUUUGUGGCUGUCAGCUGGACCUAAACUUUAUAUAGAUUUUCCAUGUGUCAGAAAAUGAUCCAGUAAAAGGAAGACUAGGGGUGAAAUGUCAGCUUGAUGGAUCUCUUAAAGCCUCUUGUACCAACCUUAUAUUCAUGCACUGCACCGAGUUCUACAACUAUGGCUGUGGCAGUCAAGUCAUGGUAGUGCAACCCAUUAGCAUCCACAGUGGAGAAAAUAGAACGUUAUUGAAGGAAACCACUUGAGAGACUUAGAUGUAUAUAAACUUUUACAAAGUACCUUUCAGUAAUUUAAAAAAAUUAAAUUAUGGAAAUUACAUUCGUAUAAUAUAUACCCAUCAAAAUUUCUGGAUUCUCUCCCAUAAUAAGAAUACAAUCAUACAACACGACAUACUUCAGGCCUCAAUAUGCUCACUGGAUGUUAAAACUGCAGUUUAAUAACAUUGUAAUGUUCUAGAUAGGAUUGGAUUUUCUCAGUGCAAUCUAAUAGUGUAUUUUACAAUAAAUAAAACAAUAAGUAACAAAA